UCCUUCGAUCACACACCUUCCAAGUUUUAAUUCUUCUUCUCUUACUCCUCCCAUCUUCAAGUCUCUAAUAAUUGGUUAUAUUAUAUCCCUAACAAAUGGGUUCCUCCAAGUUAUUGGGUAUUAUGGCCAUGCUUUUCAUAGUGCUUCUACCCAUGGCUGCCAAAGGGGAUAAUAUUACUGAUUUCUUUGAUAAGGUUUGUGAAGAAGUGGAAUGUGGUAAGGGAAGCUGCGUAGUAAACACAAGUUACCCAUUAAACUUCGUUUGUGAAUGCGAUUCUGGCUGGAAGCGAACCCAAGAUGACGAUGAUGAAUAUGCCACUAGCUUUCUUCCAUGUGUCAUUCCCGAAUGUAGCUUGAACUAUGGUUGUCAGCCAGCACCACCGCCAGUUCCAGAGAAGAGUUUUCCACAUAACUUCUCAGCUUUUGAUCCUUGCUAUUGGGCGUACUGUGGGGAAGGUACAUGCACCAAGAACAGAACACAUACACACAGAUGCGAAUGCCAACCCAAUUACUAUAAUCUUCUCAACAUCUCAGUUUUUCCUUGUUACAGUGAAUGUACUCUUGGAUCUGAUUGUUCGAGACUCGGAAUCAAAGUUGCAAAUUCAUCCACUGAUAGUGGCAGUCAAGAUAGCUCAGCCUCAAUCUUCACAGGAAGGUUUCAUUGGAUGGUUAUGUUGUUGAUGUCCACGGGUAUGGUUAUGUGGAGCUAGUACGCAAAGGGAUAGUCAAAAUUAUUUUGGCGAAUUAUUGAUUUGAUUGUUGUUCAUCAAUUGGCGUUUGAUGACUACUGUGUGAUGUACUGUAUACAUAUACAUAUAUAUAGUUUUUUGUGUAAUAAAGGGAGUGAGAUUUGAACUUUAGAGCUUGUAUAAACUAGUUAUAUUCCACGGUUAGUGGAUUAUACAUAGAUAAUACUAUUACUGCAGUGUUAUUAUUUUCUUGUAUAAUAAAUUAAUAACAUAUCUUCUCCCAUUAGCAGUAAUUGUAAAUUACUGUUCAUUGUAUUGGUUCA